AUGAAUUUACUAAUUAAUUCCCUCAUCAAACAUGGUAACAGUUUAGCUACCCUACUUGAGGACGCUAAACACCGAUCCAACAGCGAAGUCAUUCAUGAAAAUGUAAGAAAAGAGGUUGAAGAAUUACUUGAAAAGCUCGAGAAUCCUCAACUUCCACCCUCUUUCCCUGAAACUAUCAUACCCAAAAUUAUCGAAAAAAUCCAAGUCACUGUCCGAAAUUUCAUCAAGCUUGACAGUGACAAUGCCACAAAAUUCAAAGACCUCGCUAAGAAAAUCAAUGAAUGGAAAUCCAAGAAGCAAUCUUCUUCAGAAACUAGUCUGCCCGAGCAGCCUUGCGAGUCGCCAACUGGUGAUUCAACUCAACAUGAAGCUUCCACUAUUGACGAUCAUCAGUUUGGGCAGCUCUCUGACAAACAGAAGAAAUGUCUAACCUGUUGGGGUUUGUUUCCUGCUGGGAUGGAAAUAAAGAAAAGAGAGCUGAUUUUCUGGUGGAUUGCUCUGGAUUUGAUUGAUGAUCCACACAAGGGCGAUGAUAUACUGGCCGAGUUUGUGGAGAAAGAAUUUAUCGAGCGCACCAUUAUUGGAAACAAAAAGCUCUAUAAUAGCUACAAGAUGAAUGAUAAUGUUCGCUCUAAAGUCAUUCAAGAUAUUAGCAGCUUUGUGGAAAUUGACGAAACAAAAAAGCAUUGGUCUGUAAUGAAACUGCAGCCGCAGCCGCAACCACCAAAGCCCAAGAGACGACUAACAAAAUCCAUUACAUUUUCUAAGCUGAUAAAAUAUGAUGAUACAAAUGUGCCAUUGGCGGCGUCAUUGGUGAUCAACAAAGAGGAGAACAGCCUCGGUGUUAAGACAUUUGAAUGGCUAAAUGAAAAGAAAAAUGUUAAAGUACUACACUUAGGUAGUUGGGAUCAUAAUCCUAAAAGGUAUAUCCUUGUUGAAGAUAUUGAAAUUCUCAAGGGUUUGAGAAAUAUGGGGCAUUUAACUUGUUUAAGCUUACAAGGGAUAUCAGGAAUCGUAGAGCUACCGGAAUCAGUAUACAAGCUCGACAAUCUGAAGAUUUUGGAUCUGCGAGCAUGUCCCAACUUGGAGUCCCUCUCAGAAGGGAUCGAGUCAUUGAAUCAGCUUACGCACUUGGAUUUGUCCGAGUGCUACUUACUCGAUCACAUCCCUCGGGGAAUUGCUUCAUUGACUAAGCUUCGAGUGCUCAAGGGCUUUGUAAUCAAUCCAGAAGAUCUAAAUCAAGUGGGAGUUGAUGGAAAUGAGAAGAAAAAGAAGAAAAACACGCCUUCAAUGGCAUUGUUUAGUGACUUAUCAGAUCUUAAGGAGCUAAUAAAGCUGACUAUCCGCACUAGAAGAAUGAGUUUUCCUACUAUCCAAGAUUUUUAUACUCUGUUUGCAAUGGAGAAGCUCACAGCUCUACGAAUCCUUUGGGUGCGGAGUUCUGCUGCUGUUCCAUGCGCAACUGCUGCAACAAGAUUUCCAAAGAGUCUCAAGAAAUUGCAGCUUCAGGCUGCCCCAAAGAAUACAUUGCCAUUUCUUCUAUGGAGUAUUAGUAAAGAUACAGAGAGUUCCUUGGAGAAACUCUACAUCAGAGGAGGCCAACGUUCGGACCUGGACCUGGAUCCGAAGAAGCAUUAUUUUCGCAAUGUACAUACCGUACGUCUCAGAUACUUACCGGAGCUAACCAUCCACUGGGAUGAAUUUAGGAAGUUUUUUCCUAAACUAACUCGGUUAGAAAUAUUGAGUUGUCCUAAUCUCAUCUUUUUCCCCUGUGACGAGAAUGGUGUGUGGGUAAAGACAGACACAGACACUACAAUGUAUGAUGAAUUACAUUAA